AUGCAUGUUCGUCCAAAUUUGGUCGAUCCUGGAGCACCGCAAGAGGAAUUUCGUGGCGAGGAGAAUCCAAAGCCCAGGAGGAGAGUCCCCGAAAAAAUGGAUCCAGAAAGGAUUGAGAUGAGGGAGGCUCGCGUUGACCCCGUGGAUGUGGUCACUCAGGCAACAAAGGGAGCGGAGCAAGUUCUCGAGGAUUGGACCAUGAGUCGGGCAUUGGCGUUAGUGACUGAGCUUGCGGAUGAGGGUUUCUUUGGCACAAGGAAGUUUGGAGUUUACCGACAUGGAGGUACAGUGGGCUGGCUUACCGGCUUAAAGGAGUUUCCCGCGCUGACCAAGGUCCUGGCGAGGAUUGUGGUGGAAAUGGAUCCAGAGGGCUGCGUUUACCUCAAUACUGGUUUCACACAAUACGACAAGAGCGAUGCACAAGGUGAUGUUGUGUGCGGCCCAAUAGACCAGCGUGAUGUGGGAAAGCAGUUGGUGUAUGGUCAGCUACGUGAUCUACUACCAGGUGAAAGUUUUUCCUUUGGACCGCAGCGAUAUCACGAGGUGUGCGAGUGGACUGGGAAGAGGACGGUGAUCAUUGCCUACACACCCAAUUGUCUUGGGAAGUUGGAUCAAUGCGAUUUGGAGAUGCUACAUGAUCAUGGCUUUCCUGUCCCGUUGUCGCAGCUUCCUGAGUAUUAUGGGGGCGGUGGUGGACUGGAAGGAUCUCCACAGGUGGCAGCUAUCACCACGGAGGACCAUACGGUGAAGGACUGGAGCGAGGACUCAGACUGGUCGUUGUAUUUGGACUUAGAACCUGGCACAGUCAAGAUAGCGGAUGCCGUUGAGGAUGACUUUGGUGGCCCGCGACUGCAAAAGGUCGAAGUCAGCUACACCAGGAAUAUUGAGCAGAUACUGGCUGGUUUGACGAGCCCUUUGGAUGUGACGCGUACAGUACACCCAGAUGAAGUGUUUGCAUGUUUGGAGCAGUGGCGUCCAGCUAUUCUCAAAGAGGUUGCGGGCAUCGAAGGUGCUAUUGAGAAGUUACAUCCUGGCUCAGAGGCUCGUAAGAGAUGGUUGAGUACGCCUGGAGUGCAGCGUCUACCGACGAAGUUUGUUUUUACAGUAAAGCCGAAUGACAACGCGGACCCACAGUUUACGCAGAAACUGCUCCCGCCGAAGCUGUCCGCGCUUUUAGAAGCUUUGGGGAUCUCUGUGAAAAUGGAAUUGUGGGGCUUGCUGAAAGCCCUUUACGGCCUCAGAGAGGCUCCCAUGUUGCGGGGAAGUUUCCGAGAUGACACGUUGCAGGAGCUGAAGACACCUCGUGGUUUGAAGUGGAAGCAGGGCAAAGCAGUCACAUCCUGGUGGUCAGUUCUCGAUACCAGUGGUGCAGUGGCUGCUAUAGUGGUGGUGUACGUGGACGACUUUAUGAUUUGUGGCCCACGAGAAAUCGUCACUGAGCUUGGAACGGCGGUCAAAGAUGUUUGGGAGACGUCUGAGCUGACGUUUCUGGGGCCUGGUAGCUCAGUCAGGUUCCUUGGAAUGGAGUUGCAGCGUGAGUCUGAGGAUUCAGAAGAGAUCCUGGUGGGACAACAUGGAUAUAUUCAAGAACUACUACGACUUCAUGGCGUCACCACUACAAGUCAAGAUCGCAUCCCCAUCACAAAGGAGCUCGCGGUUGUCCCCAGCACCCCUGAGGAGGAGGAUGUGGGGAUUAUUCGGGAGGCACAGCAGAUUAUGGGGGAGGUAUUGUGGAUAUCCCAGAGAACUCGGCCUGAUUUGGCAUAUACCACAUGCAUGAUGGCUACCAUGUGCGCCAAACACCCGCGGCAAUCGAUCAAGAUUGGGAAGAAGGCCCUGGGCUACUUGCAAAGGACGAUCAACUAUAACUUGGUUGUGAAAUGGUCAUCCUCAGGGCUGGUCAUGUAUUCGGAUGCGUCCUAUGCACCUCAGGGAUCGCGUUCGCAUGGAGGUUGGGUUGUGACCUACGGAGGCGUUCCGAUAGCAUGGAGGAGCAGCCGUCAGAGCAUGAUCACAUUGAGUACCGCAGAGGCGGAGUUGCUGGCUCUGCUAGAUGGAGCAGUGGCAACAAAGAGCACAGAGGCGAUGAUCGCGGAAGUUGGGGAGCAUGUGGCGUCCCGAACUAUUGCAACAGACUCAACGGCCGCUAUGAGUAUAUCCAUAGGAUUGCAGAUUGACUGGGACACGGCAGGCCUGUUAAUAAUCCUGCUGAUGGCUCUAGGAGCUCAGGGGCAAGGCGGCUACGGCGUCUUCGCAAACUACAAAGCGCUACAACUGCGGCUAUCGAAAGGGAGCUUGAAAGACUGCAACAAGAAAGCUUUGGACCUGAGGGACGAGAAUCCCCUGGGAGUUCGAAAGAGGGAUUCCACAACCGUCUACGGCAAGGAGAUCUACGACGGGAGCGACGCAGGAAACUACCGAGAAUGGUCCUCCGUUACCUACGAUCGGGGAAAGUCAGAUGAGGUCUCGGAGAUCAUCGUCACCAAGGGCAAGAAGUUUGUCACAGAGAACCCCGAGUCCUAG